GGGCCGUAAACCGUUAGGACGUCUGACACCACGUGAGCGCAGGGAUAAACACGGGCCGCAGCAGCCUCAACUUGAGUCAGCAAAGUCUCAACGGUGCCAGACGGCGCCAGCUAGCGAGCCUCACCAACCGUUGAAGCAGCAGUUGGCGGGCAGUGGUUGUGCUCUGUGGCUCUGCCCGGCCAUUCAAAAGUACAGCUUUCUUCCGCUGCUGACUCUGCAUUCCCGUGGCUGCAGGUCCCAUUCCACCCAUGGGAAAUUCAUCUCUGAUGCUUCUGGACUGGCGGCCUUGUACCGUAGCCGAGAUGCUGCUGGUUGACGGGGGUUGGCCGCCGUCCGUACCUGGUAGGGCGGUGGGCGCAGAUGGGCUCAUGAAGAGGGAUUCUUAAAGUCCAAACAAGAUGCCCCAUCCAUCCAUCCAUCAAGAUUCAAGAGGAUCCAUUCCCACAGGAAACUCUCGCUCUUUUGGCCCUAUCCAGACCUCCGCUCUCACCUCAAGUUCUGACCUAUUUCCCCCACGGCGCGAUGGAGGCCAUCUUGUGGGUCAACUACGAUGCUCAGAACAUGAAUACAUUGCCUCACCGGCAGCAGGUUUACGCGCACAUCCAGAACAACUAUCGCAGCUGGAAGCGAAAGGAGAACGUCAGAGCCUUGCGCGCCUCGGCUAUGAUUCCAGGAAGAAAUCAGCAGCGGCAAUCGGGGCAUAGAAAUGGUCCGCCCAAGAACAACGCCGCCAUCGACCAUCCACCAAAGACCGGCCAGAGUGCAGACAGCCAUGACGAGAACAGACGGCUCAUAGCUAUACAGGCUCGACGGCGCCAGCUCCUGUCUCCUGUAACCGUCCUCAACAAAGGCAAUUCCGAUCCGUUCGGAGCGUGCGCAAUCCCCAUCACCGUGGAAGAGAACAGCAUCUUGACUUUCUACCGGGAUAUUCUUCUGCCUGCAGCGUGGCGGCUUGACGCCAAAUCCAAACAAAACCUUGCAAGUGCCCGUGCCAAAGCUGACUGGGAGGUCUGCACGGCAGGGUUACGGGAUGAGGGAACAGCUCUGGCUUUCAUCGGCAGCAACGCUUCGCUGGUCGCAAUGUGCACAGGAUCCGAAACUCGUCGGGGCAAGUUCCUGCAGCAGAAGUCGCUGGUCUGUCGUGCCAAAAGCACGGCUGCGUUGCGGCAGAAACUGGCCCGCGUCUCCAAAGUCGACCCAUGGAUCUGGUGGCACAUUUUCAUGAUCUGGUCCGCCGAGAUUGCGGCGGAGAAUGUGAUCGCAGCACGAAUGCAUGGACAAAUGCUGAGCAAGCUGGUAGACGAGCACUUCCAGCAGGGUGGAGGCCUUUUCGACAGGCUCGAUGAGAUAGGAUUGGCCAUGGUCGAGCUUUUGUUUUUCUUCCUCUACGCAGACAUGAACAUGGCGACACAGCUCUUGACCCGACCUGCUUUUGACGUCUAUGAGUGGCUGCCGAAGGUCUUCAAGCCAUUUCUUCGGGCCAUCGAGCCCAUCCUUGCCCCUGCGCCGUUGGAUUUUUGCCAUCUUGACCCGACAAUCGACUCGGAAGAGAUGACGACUUGCGUCAAGUCGUGUCGCGAGAUAUUUGCACGAUGGCGCCGAAGGUGGUCUGACGGGCUUCCUGCCAAAUCUGCCACGAUGCACCUUGGCUGGGGCCAGUAUAGAUGGUGCAUUGCUCUGGGCAGACUGGUGAAUCGCUAUUGCAGAUUCAAGGAGCUGUCCGAGACCGCUUCAGGGCCAGAGUUGGACUAUGACUACGCUCAGCAAUACAUGUCCAUCAGCGCUGUCAAGUGGUCAAGGGCUCUCACCUUUCAAAACCACGUCUGCGGCAAGAACAUUUGGGCGGGGAAUGUGCUGGAAACGUUGCGACCUCUGCUCGAGAAGAGCGAGCGACCCAGGGGCAGUUCCGCCUGGCAGAAAUGGAAGAAUGCAAGGCUCUGGGCGUUCUACGUCGGUGCGAUAUACGAAGGCCGACAGCAGCAGCCUGCGUUGAGUAACGAGUUAUUUGACGGCUGGUUCCAUGAACAGUUUGCCCGCCAGGCCCACGACAUGGGACUUUCAACAUGGGAGGAUACCGUACCCAUUCUGAGCGGAUUUCUCUUCGACAGCUCGGCUUCUGAAACGCAAAAUUCGUGGUUCCAAGAGACCAUGAGGUUGAAGGCCGCAUCGAUGGCGGGGACUCCUGUGCGAGACAAAUAGAGCCUUGCGUAGGCCAAAUAGUCCGG